CAAACGUCGAACCUGAAUAAUGUGUAAAUUUGCGUUGAUUCUAUUCGUAUUUCUCAUUUACGGGAAAUACACAAGAGCCGAAGUGUUUGAGGAGUGCGAGAAUGUACCAGAGGAAACCUUUGUGGCCACAUCAGACAGCUGCCAAUCGUACUUCUAUUGCAAUGGGGACGAUUCGAUGCGUGGCGACUGCCCGCCAGGUGAAUAUUUUGAUGGAGAGACUUGCGAUGUGGCCGAAAAUGUGCCAUGCUUUCUCGAUAACAACGACAACGGAGAAGAGGUCACCGACUCAGCAGAAGAGCCAGAAGAGCCACAGAAAUCGGAUGAACCUGACAUGCCCGAUCCAACGCCACCCACAAUUAAUGCCCCCAGCACAGUAGAUGUGUUGAACAUAGCGCCUGUCAUCAAGCCCAGCUGUCCGGUGAGCGAUGAUCCCACGCAGGUCAUUAUGAUGGCCAAUAAUGCAUCCUGCACAGACUACUACCUGUGCUAUCACGGACACGCUAUGGAAAUGCACUGCCCGGAUCAGCUGCACUUUAAUGCCCAUACCGGCCAGUGCGAUUAUCCUGAAAAGGCUCACUGCCCAUUGAACCAGUUGGGCGCACACAAGUGCCUGCCUCAAAUGACGGACUUCUUUCCGCACCCGGACAAGUGCAGCUACUUCUACUACUGCAUCAAGGGCUUUCUCACAUUGCAGCAGUGCCCCUUUUAUUACGGCUGGGACAUUGAGAAGCGCAGCUGCGUUCAACUCAGCCUCGCCCAGUGUUACGGCGGCGCGAGACGCGCCCCGGGCGACUAUAUGUACGAAACUCUAAGAAUAUUACUGCCGCUUACGGCUUCGGUGGGACUUCUCCUGCUGUCGCUGCCGCUACCUGCAACGCAUGCAGCAUUCCUGAUUGAGUGCGAGGGCGUUAUCAUUAGCCGGAUUCCCAAUCCCGAUGCGCAGUGCAGUGAGUAUAUAUACUGCGACGGUGACGAUAGCUUCUUCUGCAACGACGACUGCACAGAGCCCGUUAUAUGCCAUUCUACAACGCCGGAAGAUUCGAUCAAUUCAACUUCAACAGAGCCCGCAAGUACGAUGAAUACAACGGCAGCAUUGACAAUGACUACAACGAAAGCAGAAACCACAGCGCUCACUCAGAUGGUGACCAGUAUUCAACCACAAACCAUACCGACAACGGUUGUCCAACCGAAGACUAGCACUCCCAGACCGACCACUAGCAGCACAACUAUCAAUUCUAGUAACGUUCACCCCAGUGUGCUCUGCCGGCAAAGUGGACAAAGCAAUGUCUAUCCAUAUCCAGCCAAUGAUAACUACUACUAUCAAUGCAUUGCUGGCUAUUUACUCCUGCAAGAGUGCGGGCAGCACUUUUACUUCGAUGAGUCACUUAGACAGUGCAUUGCUGACAAUCCACACUCCUCUUAUCAGUUAUACUUCGUCUGUGAGAACAUGCAAAUAGUUACAGCUAGCUGCUGCCUAAGCAUCUUGUUGCUCGCUUUGGCUCUCUGCCAGGCCGAUAUAUUCGAGCAGUGUGAAGGAAGCAAGGAUGGGGUCUUCAUCGGCUCAAGUCAAAGCUGUGGCCACUAUAUAUUUUGCAAUGGCGAGGACUCCUACGAUGGCCAGUGCCCUGACGGUGACUAUUUUAACGCCGAGGAGCAGGUGUGUGAGUUCAUGGACGGCUUAAAUUGUCGCCCCGACUCCAAUAAUCUGAAUGAGCUGCCGAAUACGCAAACCACGAUGCAGGGAAUGGAGCUUGAAGUCACAACUCCUGUGAGACUGACAAGCAGUACAACUUCCAUCAGAGAAACAACUGUUUCUCCAGCUGCAGCGGUAGUGUCAUUAGCAACAUUAAAUGUGCCCACUACAAGCACAAUUUUCACAACAGUGAGUCACACUUGUCCCGCUACAGAUGAUCCUGGUCAGAUUGUUCUGCUGGCCCAUCACAAAUCCUGCUCGGAUUACUUUAUAUGCUACUAUGGUAAGCCACUGGCCAUGAGCUGUGCACCCAUGAUGCACUUCAAUUCGAGGACUGCAAAGUGUGACUUCGCUGAAAGAGUUAAAUGUGUGGUGUCGACCAUUAACGCCCGAGAACAGUGUAAGCCGCAUACCGAGGAUGUAUUCCCUCAUCCGGAUAACUGUAAUUACUUUUAUUACUGCCGUAAUGGCUUUCUCAUGGUGCAGCAGUGUCCCUUCUUUUACGGUUGGGACUAUGAACAACGCUCCUGUGUGACAAUCGCUAAAGCCAAGUGCUUCGACAAAAGGCGUCGUUUUUUACUUUAG